GAGGAGGAGGAGGCGGGCAGAGCAGGCCGCGCGCACACCGGAGCACACUGAGGGGGCUCACCGGAAACCGGAGUUAACCCUGUGACGGCCAGAGCUCGCGGGAGAGUGGGCGGGGAGAGCCGGGACCCCGCGGCCGGGGGGCAGGGAGGGAGACAGAGGAUGAAGGUGACUGUGAGCUUCGGGAGGACCCGGGUAGUGGUGCCCUGCGGGGACGGCAACUUGAAAGUUUCCAGCCUCAUCCAGCAAGCCGUGACCAGGUACCGGAAGGCCAUCGCCAAGGAUCCGAAUUACUGGAUUCAAGUCCAUCGCUUAGAGCAUGGGGAUGGCGGUAUAUUGGACCUUGAUGAUAUUCUUUGCGAUGUGGCAGAUGAUAAAGACCGGCUUGUCGUUAUAUAUGAUGAGCAAGAUCCACAUCAUGGAGGGGACGGUACCAGCGCUAGUUCGACUGGCACCCAGAGCCCUGAAAUAUUUGGCAGUGAACUUGGAACCAAUAGCAUGUCUGCCUUCCAACCAUAUCAAGCUACGAGUGAGAUUGAAGUCACACCGUCUGUCCUAAGAGCAAACAUGCCACUGCACGUGCGAAGGAGUAGUGACCCAGCACUGGUUGGAAUAGUGACCUCUGUUAGCGAUAACAAUUUUACAUCAGAAGAGCCGUCACGGAAAAAUCCUACCAGAUGGUCAACGACGGCAGGUUUCGGCAAGAAGAAUUCUCACGUCGGCCAUGGAUCCAGUGAACGAAAGAAAGAUGAAAACUGCAGAAGUCUUCCCAGGGACACCAGUAACUGGUCUAAACAGUUUCAAAGAGAUAAUGCCCGUUCGUCACUCAGCGCCAGUCACCCCCUGGUGGACAAAUGGCUAGAGAGGCAGGAUCAGGAUGAAGACGAUACAGAAGAAAAUAGUCGGUUGGAGCCUGUUGGUCAUGCAGAUACAUCCUUGGAACGAACAUCAAGUUUCUCCUUAGAUGACAUGGUGAAGCUCGUUGAAGUAUCCAAUGAUGGGGGACCCCUGGGAAUACAUGUAGUGCCUUACAGCUCCCGUGGUGGCAGAACCCUGGGAUUGUUAGUAAAACGACUGGAGAAAGGUGGCAAAGCUGAACGAGAGAAUCUAUUUCAUGAGAACGAUUGUAUCGUCAGAAUUAACAAUGGCGACCUUCGCAACCGAAGAUUUGAGCAAGCACAGCAAAUGUUUCGUCAGGCCAUGCGAUCACCCAUGAUUUGGUUCCACGUAGUGCCAGCAUCAAAUAAAGAACCAUAUGAACAACUUUCUCAAAGCGAGAACAACAGUUAUUACUCAAAUCAACACCCUCCAGACUCUCAGUACUAUGACAAUCGAAACUUCCACAGCUCGAUCCUGGAUCAGACGCCACAAAGAAUUCCCCGACAGGGAAACCAGACUGAUCAGAUAGACUCUUACCCACAUCUACCUCAUAGCAUAAACUCAGCAGGAAAACCACCAACCGGCCUCACACCAUCGCCACGUCCCAUCAGUUCCCCUCCUAACAGUGCUUACAGUACCAAAAAAGGCAAAAAGCUUCGUAUCCAACUCAAAAAAGGUGCUGAAGGCUUAGGCUUUAGUAUAACUUCGAGAGACGUCCCUAUUGGUGGCUCAGCUCCCAUCUAUGUCAAGAAUAUCCUUCCGAGAGGAGCAGCAAUUCAAGAUGGCAGACUCAAAGCUGGUGACAGACUCCUAGAGGUUAAUGACGUGGAUUUAACAGGGAAAACCCAAGAAGAAGUGGUUGCUUUGUUAAGAAGCACACAUAUGGGAGGAUCUGUACAUCUAUUGGUCCUUCGCCAAGAAGAAUCUUUCCAUCCUCGUGAGCUGAAUUCGGAACCAAGUCACAUACCACCCACAAGAGAAUCGGUCAGUACACCAGGCCCAGCCCAACACCUUACUGGCUCCUUUUACCAAGUGUCAACAUCAACAGAGAAAAUAGAAGAUGACGAUCUUGUUUUAACUCCCGAUGGAACAAGAGAAUUCUUAACAUUUGAAAUUCCUUUAAAUGACUCUGGCUCAGCCGGUCUUGGUGUUAGUGUAAAAGGUAACCGGUCAAAAGAGAAUCAUGCUGACCUGGGCAUCUUUGUAAAGUCCAUUAUAAAUGGUGGAGCAGCCUCAAAGGACGGAAGGCUUCGUGUUAAUGAUCAGCUGGUGGCAGUCAAUGGAGAGUCUCUUUUGGGCAAAACAAAUCAAGACGCCAUGGAGACUCUACGGAAGUCCAUGUCAACAGAAGGGAACAAAAGAGGAAUGAUUCAGCUUAUCGUAGCUCGGAGAGUAAAACAAAACGAGUUGGAGUCACCUGGAAGCCCCUCCGGGCCUGAAUUACCCAUUGAGACGAUGCUGGAUGAGCGAGAACGGAGAAUUUCCCACUCUUUGUACAGCGGCAUUGAGGGCUUUGACGAAUCACCCACAAGGAACCCUGCAUUAAGUCGGAUAAUGGGUAAAUACCAGCUUUCUCCCACCGUCAACAUGCCUCAAGAUGACACUGUGAUAAUUGAAGAAGACAGAACCAUCACUCUGCCUUCCCAGCUUUCUGACCAUUCAUCUUCCAGCUCACAUGAUGAUGAUGGAUGCAUAACUGACCCAAACACUAACUGGUCUAAAACCGUAACCAGCGAAUCUACAGAGGGCACACUCAGUCCAGAUGUCGAUCCAACUCUUGCCUUCCAGAGAGAGGGAUUUGGACGGCAAAGCAUGUCGGAAAAACGCACAAAGCAAUUUGGAGAUGCCAGUCAAAUGGAGUUUGUUAAAACUCGAAAAUCCAAGAGCAUGGACUUAGUAGCUGACGAGGCUAAGAUCAGUGCAAUGGCUGACCGCAAUACAGGUUCCCCAAACAGAGACGUAGGCCCUUCAUUAGGCCUGAAGAAAUCCUCCUCAUUAGAAAGUCUGCAGACAGCAGUCGCCGAGGUGACUUUGAAUGGUGACAUUCCUUUCCAUCGCCCACGCCCGCGGAUAAUUCGGGGACGCGGCUGCAAUGAGAGCUUCAGAGCCGCCAUUGACAAGUCCUAUGAUAAACCACCUGCUGAUGACGAGGAAGAUGGCAUGGAGACCUUGGAAGAAGAUACAGAGGAGAGUUCGCGAUCAGGCCGGGAGUCUGUCUCUACGGCAAGUGACCAGCCACACUCAUUGGAUAGGCAAGUCAAUGGCUCUGGACAGGAAAAAGGGGACCGCAAAAAGGACAAGAGUGGAAAGGAGAAGAAAAAAGACAGAGACAAGGAUAAAAAUAAAGCAAAGAAAGGGGGAGUGCUUAAAGGCCUUGGAGACAUGUUCAGGUUUGGGAAACAUCGAAAAGAUGACAAGAUUGAACACAAGGGAUCAUGGAAAAUGAAGGUGCAAGAAGCCCACCCUUCAGACGAUGAGAGGAUACGAAUGAGACAAGAGCAGGAGAGAAUUCAGGCGAAGACCCGCGAGCUGCGGGAGCGACAGGCCAGAGAAAAGGACUAUGCCGAAAUUCAGGAAUAUGCUAAGCCCUACAGCUCUCUUGAUGACCCAACUUAUAUGGGGGCAGGUCACUAUGACAGUAUCCCUAACAGCGGCACUAUGAGUUUGAACAGCAGACCCCAAAGCCCGAGAGAUGGCAAGCAAAUCGAAGCACUCUACGCUCAAGUAAAGAAGCCUAGACAUGCAAAGCCUCCACCUGUAGACAGCAAUCGAUCAACUCCAAGCAAUCACGACCGGAUACAGCGCCUUCGUCAGGAGUUCCAGCAAGCCAGGCAUGAAGAUGAUGUUGACGAACGUAGACGGACUUAUAGUUUUGAACAACCUUGGCCAAAUAACCCAACCUAUAACCAGACGGGGCGACAUUCGGUAUCUGUUGAAGUUCAGAUGCAGAGACAAAGACAGGAAGAACGAGAGAGCUUCCAGCAAGCACAACGCCAGUACAGCUCAUUACCCAGGCAAAGUAGAAAAAACCCUAGUUCGGUUUCUCAGGAUUCCUGGGAUCAAGCUUACCCUCCUGGAGAAGGGUUCCAGAGUGCGAAGGAGAACCCACGAUAUUCCAGCUAUCAAGGAUCAAGAAAUGGCUAUAUGGGUGGACAUGGUUUUAAUGCCAGAGUAAUGAUGGAAACUCAAGAAUUGCUCCGACAGGAGCAGAGACGAAAAGAACAACAACUUAAAAAAAAGGUGUCUGAAGGAUCAAAUAACUAUGACUCGUACAAAAAAGUCUCCGAUCCCAAUUAUGCCCAACCAAAAGGUCCUUUUAGACAGGAUGUCCCACCAUCUCCAACUCAGGUAGCAAGGCUGAACAGAAUACCACCACAAGAACAGGGGCGACAAUUUUAUUCCUGAGAAGAAUUCGGAAAGUGGGGGUUGAAUUGAAACAAGGCAAUAAAGAAUAUUUUCAUGAGAGACAUUGUAUUAUUUUUAAAUGGAUGGUACUAUGGUACAUAGUGUGUUUCAGUGCCUUUAGCAAUAUGGGCAAAAGCGACAAUGGACCUUAUUCUGCCCUUGUCUCCUCUUGAUCUGAAGGGAUACUUUAACGGAAGGAUUUUUUCACAAUGAGACAAUCACUGGUUACAAUAAAAUACAGCCCCAAGAAUUCUACUGUUAUGCCCAAGUUAAAUCAAAUUUCAAGUGCUUUGCUACAUCGUACUUUGCUUUGCUAUGCAGAUUUUUUUGACAUAUCAUGGAAAGAGGCAAUGAAUAUGGAUUUCUACACAACUUUUUUCAAUUUUAUACGUAUAUCGGAAUGGUUGGCCUAAGUAUUAUUACUAUUUUAUUAAGUGGCCCAUUAUUGGUGAUUUAAUCAUUUACACUACAUAUGUUUUCUUUGUGUCUUUGCAUUUAUACAUAAAAUGCUGAUUUAGGUUU